UGAACAUUGCGCUUUUUUGUUUUUGCUUUUUUUUUUUUGUUUCUCUCUGGUUCAUUUUCCAUGGAAGGACCUUGAGCUCUGCUUCUCUUCUCUCGUCAAAGUUCGUGUCUUUCACUACUCACAUGUACACACUCUCUUUCUCGUUUAUUUGAACUUCUCUGUUUCUUCUUCUUCUCUCUCUACUCUCAAGAUAAAAACAAGUCCUGAAAAAUUAAGAUCUGAUGUCUUAUCGAUUGUUAAGUGUGGAUAAAGAGGAGGUGGAUAUAUCACCUGGUUUGAAAGAACGUAACUACUUGGGCCUCUCUGAUUGCUCCUCUGUUGAUAGCUCAACCAUUCACAACCGUGUUCCAGAUGUUGAGAAGAGCAAUCUCAUUUUUAAAGCUACUGAACUGAGGUUAGGUCUUCCUGAGUCUCAAUCUCCAGAGAGAGAAACUGACUUCGGUUUGCUUAGCCCGAGAACACCUGAUGAGAAGCUUCUCUUCCCGCUGCUACCUUCUAAAGAUACUGCUUCUGCUACUAUAGGGCACAAGAAUGUUGUUUCUGGAAACAAAAGAGGGUUUGCUGACACUUGGGAUGAGUUUUCGAGUGUUAAAGGAUCUGUUAGACCUGGAGGAAUCAACAUGAUGUUGUCACCGAAAGUUAAGGAUGUGCCAAAGAGUCUUCAAGAAGAAAGAUCCCAUGCUAAGGGUGGCUCGAACAAUGCACCAGCUGCCAAGGCACAGGUUGUUGGUUGGCCUCCAAUCAGAUCAUACAGGAAGAAUACAAUGGCUUCUUCUACUUCAAAGAACACUGAUGAGGUCGAUGGGAAACCUGGUCUUGGUGCUCUAUUUGUGAAAGUGAGCAUGGAUGGUGCCCCAUAUCUGCGAAAGGUCGACUUGAGAACUUACACUUCCUAUCAACAGUUGUCUUCUGCACUUGAGAAAAUGUUCAGUUGCUUCACUCUUGGUCAAUGUGGACUUCAUGGUGCUCAAGGAAGGGAAAGAAUGAGCGAGAUCAAACUGAAGGAUCUUCUUCAUGGAUCAGAAUUUGUGCUUACUUACGAAGAUAAAGAUGGUGAUUGGAUGCUCGUUGGAGAUGUCCCGUGGGAGAUAUUUACUGAAACAUGCCAGAAACUGAAGAUCAUGAAGGGAUCUGAUUCUAUUGGCUUAGCUCCAGGUGCAGUGGAGAAAUCAAAGAACAAAGACCGAGUUUGAAACUAAGAAGCUCAAGACAAAAUACUAUGCACAGUUCCAAUGUUUAAGACUUCUUUACUGAUGUGUUUGAAAACUCUUUAUGUAGUCUCUUUUACAAAUUUAUGUUUUUAAGACUUUGGAAUCUCUUAUUUGUGUGUGCUUGUUCAAAACCAAUACAUUCUUCUUAUGUGUGUUUCUACUUUCUACUAUGAUCUUCAAGACUGUUUUCUCCAUUAUCUUAAAUUGAAAACCUACUUUUUA